UGUUCAUAUACUCUACCUUGGCUGAGAAGGUGGAUACAGAGAAACAUGUUUCCUUUUUUUAGAUUUUUCACAUAUUGGAUUGUUCUACAGUUAUCAUAUCCUGUAGUUUCUGAAAAUCCAAGCAUUUGCCAAGUGGUGCAAGGUGUUCCAGGUCUUAAUGGCAGAGAUGGAAGGGAUGGGGAGAAAGGGUUGAAAGGUGACCCAGGUCUACCGGGACAAACGGGAGCUCAAGGAUUAAAAGGGCCAAUUGGCCCUCCAGGCAAAGUCGGACCUCAAGGUCAGAAAGGAAAUCAAGGUGACAAAGGAAUUAAUGGCAUACAAGGCAUAAAGGGAGAAAAGGGAUCACCUGGAGCUGCAGGAAUACAAGGUGCUAAAGGUGCUUCAGGGGUUCCUGGAAUCCAGGGGAGUGCUGGGGCCAAGGGCGAGAAAGGACUCAAGGGGGAAAAGGGGGCAACUGGAGCUGUUGGACUGCAAGGUGCUAAAGGUGCACAAGGAGCAAGUGGGCCUCCGGGUACUUACGGUGCCCAAGGAACCCCUGGUGCCAAGGGGGAAAAAGGUUCUCCAGAUGCUUCUAUGGCAAUAAACUUAACAAAUCUGGAGAAAAAAAUUGCUGCUCUAGAGAACAAGCUGGCAUCACUCCAGAAAGUCUGCUAUUUUGAAGCUGGAGUUGUUAAAUCUGGAAACAAAAUAUAUGUAAGUAACAGGAAAGAGGGCGAUUUUGCCACAGCUAAAGCUUCUUGUGAACAAUUACAAGGAACACUGCCGUCUCCACAAAACAGCAAUGAAAAUUCUGCCAUCUUCCAGAUUGCAAAGUCUUUCAACAAAAGAGUGUUUCUUGGCAUUACUGACAUUAAAGUUGAGAAUAAUUUUGUUUAUCUAAAUGGGAACAAAAUUGGGUACAAAAAUUGGUUCUCAAGGCAACCUGAUGGUGGAAAAAACGAAAACUGUGCAGAAAUGAUAGCAGAGAGUGGACUGUGGAAUGACCGUGCUUGUAAUGCCAAGAACAUAAUUGUAUGUGAAUUUAAUUCCUGAUUUCAAGAUAUCAUGAGUAAAUCUCUAUUUUCUUUACUAAUUCCAAUGUUUCUGUUAAAUAUUUCAGUUCUGAUAAAAAACAUUUUUAUUAUGUAAUCACUAAUGUGAAGCUAAAGAUUAUUACGUUUUCUGCGUAAAAUAAUGAGCUAAGUACAUAUUCAAGCAAUGCACAAGAAAAAUAAUAUGAAUAUAUAUUUUUUUAAUCAGGACCGUUAAGAAAGGUUUUGGACUUUUUAAUAAACAAUGGGCAGUGGAAUAUCUGCUCUAUGAUAGCGAGACAGACGUUCAAGCUUAGAAGUUUCCAUUAGCUCU